CGAUGAUCUAUGUCUUCGAAACGGCUCCCGCGCGAAGACGUGUAAUGCCCUCCCCUGGGCUGUUCGCUCCUAUCGUCGCUGCCGCGGGACGCCUCAAGAGACCCGUGAGCGGCUCUGGGCACGUCAAGGAGCACCGGCCAGAGUCAAUACACAGAACUGGGGAGGCGUGGGGGACCUUCGGGUCCGUGCCUCACGGCACGGUGGCGGGUCUUCGACCUCCUCAUGCAGUCCGACUCCGUAGCUCCGCUGCUCAUGGCUAAGAAGUUUGGCAAGCCGAGCUUGCCUGCAGUAAGAGUUGUUGUCGAGGCGAGUCGUGUUGGUGCAAGCCGGGCGUCGUUGAAGCCUAUGAGCGACUUCUUGUGGGACUACAAUUUGCACCCACGUCUGCCAAGCAUCGGGGUGCCAAGUGUCAUCAUCGUGGGCUCUGCAGACGAUCACCACCCGCACCCUGCAAUGAGCGAAGCCCUUCGCAACGAUUUGUCUGCCACUGGCUUACUACGCGCGUAUAUCGUGCUGGACGGAGUGGGACACUUCAUUCCCCUCAUACAACCACUUGAAACUGUUGACGGUAUUGAGCAGCUAUGGUCACGCUAAGAUAGCACGGCUUGUGGGCAGUUGCGCACUUGUCUUGGAGCUCGUGCAUGGUAAGGAAAGUCACCAGGACGGCGCCA